AUGACCUACGAUAAACAAAACAAUGGCAGUCUAGCCAAACCGUUUACACCCACCCUCAGCGCUGCAUUUCAUAGGAGUAACAAGGCUCCCCUGACACCAAAGCUUGCAAGUCCAAGUCCAGGUCCAGGAUUCCCUCGUCGCCUCGCAGACUAUUCCACCCCCUCCAAAGACGACUCCCCCGCGGUCCCGACCUUUCUAAGCGCCAAUGUCACUCCACGAUCUGGUCCUCGAACCACCCGGCGAGAUGGCGCUGUUUACUCCCCCACAAAUAUAUCACCUGCCCCUUCUCCCUCCCCACAUAUACCUUACUCUCAGUCAACAAUCGGUUAUGGCCGUCGAGACCGCAGCCCGGCUCGCGGGGUCAAGCCGGAACAACCCCGAAGUCUAAGGGCGAAGACCCUGACGGCAGAGAACCAGCCUAUAUCACGCCCGAAUUCUUUUUCAGAUAUGACAUCGGGAACUCCACUGUUCUUUCAUGCGUCCGAUGCACGAUCCUCACAUCCCUCGGAGCCGCCAGAUGCCCCUCGCCCGAGACCCCAGGGGAAGACCUCCCCAGCUUCGAGCUUUAUAUAUGCGAACGGAGACGAGGAGCGAAAAUCGCUAGGGGAACAAUCGAAUGUUACAUCCACUUCUGCCAAACGUCGAUCGGGUGGUCUUCCCCGCCCCCUGCCCGCCAGUAAACCAGCAUCUUCCACCUCGCGCUUGAGUUCUCCCGGGAUUUCAGACGCUUCACACCCUUCGGAAGAUUCCAGGUUACCAUACAUCGCCAGCUCUGAUAAUGGACUGGGAAUUAUCCCGCGUUUUGGCUCGCCGUCGUCUAGCACAAUCGGCGAGAAAACACGACCGACACCGAUCCGACAUACCAAGUCCUCAAGUGUGGACAGCCGCCAUAGCCAUCAUCCACAAGAUGGCUUGCGAGCAAGCCCGAUCAUCGUAUCCGGGACCCAUUUUCGUGAAGGGGCAACGCCCGUGAUGUCGGAGCAGAUCCCCACCCUUCGCCCUCGCAUCUUCAGCAAUGGAUCAACCGUCUCAACUGAUACAUACCCUCCUGUACCGCUCAGUCCCGGGAAAUCCGAAGGUCCGAGCGAGGCAGCUCUCAAUGCGCGUACCGAGCGCAAGAUCAUGGACUUGGAAAUUAGCAACUCUUCACUACUAGCCAUCAAUCGUACGCUGGAGCGCGAAAUGCGGCAACAAAAGGCAGAACUUCGGCGGUUCCGGCGACUAAGCCGCUCGGGACGGAUAUCAAUGGCACCUUCCACCCGUUCAUUCUCCGGGGCACUAUCAGUAACUAGUGAGCUGGAUGAGGGCGAAAGCGAGAUUUCCAAUCGAUCCCCAGAUGAUAUGUCUGACAUCACCGAUGAUGAUUCAAUUGUGGACGAAAGUAUCAUGAGUCCGGGCUCGCUGGCCGAGCAUGAUGCCAAGCACCGUGUCAAUGAUGAGAAACGCGUCAUGCUUGACUUGGCGCGACACCAGGAGGUCCUGGUGGACAGCCAGAGGAUGAACCAAAGCCUCAAGCGCUGUCUCGGAUGGACCGAAGAACUCAUCAAGGAAGGACAGCGGGCCCUUGAGUACAAUGUCCACAUUCAAGACAUUGAACUGGGUGGCCGAGUCCUAGCGCCUGAAGAGUUGGGCGAAAUUGGUGAGAGCGGCCGGGGUCUUUUGAGCCCUUCAACCGAAUACCCCUCAACCGAAUACAAAGCUGUCUUUUCUCCUGUGCUGUCCUCCGAGGUGUUUGUUGAAUCGCCAUCUAUUGGAACAAUAUCUUCUACGCCAUCUAUUUCUGCUGAUCCGAGUCCAUGA